AUGGAUAUAAAACGUUUGGCAACUCGUAAUAUACUUCAAAAAGUUUUUAAUUUAACACCAUCAUCGAAUGAACAACAAUUAUCUUCGGGUUUAACUGUACCACUAUUGAAUAAAAAUGAACGUUCAUCAACAAGUACAGUUCCUGAGGUGGCUAUUAUUAAUCCAAGUCCUGUAGCAGCAACUUAUGCUCUUGGUCCUACGAAAAAAUUCGAUUUUUCACGUGCACAAAAACUUCUUCAGUUAGAACUUACUCGUCGUUGUGCUAAAAUAUCAAGAAAUGUUCGAUACGAUCCAAAAUUAUCGAGUGAUCUUGCUGGUGAUUUAGCUCAACAAUUACGUCGAGUUGUAAAAGCAGAUAAUCUUAAUUAUGCACGAUAUAAAAUUGUUGUACUUAUCUCAAUUAUACAAACAGCACCUAAUCGACAAAUACAUCAGUCCGUGGCAUUAGUAUCAAGAUGUUUAUGGAAUCGAGAUACUGAUGGAUCAGUAACAGCACAAACUAAAUUAGGUUACGAUAUGGUUGCUAUUGCAACUGCAUUUGCAGUUUAUACUGAUUGA